AUGUUUAAUGUAAACCAGGCAGCCAGCCCCAGUCUGGUUAGGCUAACGUCUGUUGCCGCAGCCAGUACAGUAGAGUUAUUUCAGCCGCUGAAACGUACGGAACGUAGAGCUCGUCUAAGCCGAGAGGGUUUUCAACUCGCAAACCAAAGCACCCGUCGUAAACGCUUUAGUUAGGGUAUCGCGCGUCCGUCUUGUUUCUUCAUCACUGUUCGCUUUUGUGUUUGUUAUUCGCGCUUCGUAAACUUAAUUCACAAUAAAAGAACAAAUUAGGUUGUAGUUGUCGGUUUAAACAGCGAUUUGAGAGUAGAACAAAAACGUAAAAGCUAAGCCGAAAGCAGAAAAAAAACAACGCGUAAACCGAAUUUAAAAUCAAUAGAAAAAUUGGAUAAAACGAAAAUUGAAAAAAAAAAAAAAAGAAAUAGAAUUGAAUAAAACCGAAACGGUUACGGUUUAAAGUGUAAAACUCUAGACCUGUGUUUUGGGGAUUAGUUCAUCAAUAAAAAUAACACACACACACACCUAAUUAGCAAUAAAAACAACAACAAUACAAGUGGAGUGAAAAAAAUAAAUUAUUGAAAAAAAAACUGAUUUAAAGAAGGAAAGAAAUAGUCAAAACAAAUUACAAAACUUGGAUUACAGAGCGGGAAGCAAAUCGAAUCGGAAAACCCAUUAUUACUCCACGGAUUCAAUAAUCUCCCCAUAACCUUCCCGGAUAUUUUGGAUAUUUAUGCAAACCACAUCCCAUUAUUUUUCUGAGAAGAACAGACAAAAAGCAAUAGCAAGCCAAAGAACCCGCUGCCAGCAGCAUUUCGAAAAAAUCCGGCUACAAAGGUGAUGACUACGUCAUCUCUGUCGUCAGAAGACCACUGACCGAACAACAGCCAACACCAACCCAGUUGUCUAUGAAAUAGUUGUUUGCCAGUUUUUUGUUUUGAUUUUUUUGUAUUGUUUUCUUCCUACUCUGUCGACGACGAACUGCCAGCCUGCCAGCCAGCCUAAUGGAAUUACAAUCAAAUCAAGCUAUAAAAUCAAUCAAACACUUGUAGAAAAUUGACAAUUUGCAAACAACGACGGCAACGGCAACCGAGCAAACCAAUGCAAAUUUAUCAAUAAAUCAAUUAAAACGGAACUUCUCUGGACAAUUAUUGGCUAUUUUUUCUAAACAAUAACAACAACUAAUUGUGAUAUUUAAUAACAAUAAUAAUAGUAGUAACAACAAUCAAAAAAAAUCCCACAACAAAUACGCAAUUUGUAUUCGUUUCCCAAACGUUCGCUGCUUGCCGGACGGUGGGACAUAUGUUUCCAUGGAUGAUUGCAAGUUGUAAGAUAGAAUUUAAAUUGUAACGGCCGAUUAGGGGAAUUCUCUCACGUAACUCUCCCCCGAAGUGAAACCAAACAAGCGAACAAACACACACGCAUACAUCCAAAAGAUAAAGGACAGUCGUCACCAACACAAGGCCGGUUGUUUCACACACACAAACACACAUCCCUCCAUUUAUCCGUCCAUUCAAGAGAAUCCAAGAUAAGCAAAACAAACCCUUAAAUCCCGACAGGAGAGAAAAAAAACUCAGAGAACCCAAAAUAUCAAUUCCACAACGAAGAAAUACGUCACAGACAUAACUCUGCCGUGUCCGCUGCAGCAAUUCCAAAUCGUCCGCUAUGGGUAACACAUCGUCACACACGCACGAACCUCUAGAAAGAGGCAAUUUUCAGCGCGGCAAAUAUGGUGAUGUCACAAAUGGGAAAUCCGCCUCAUUCCGUUUUAGCAAAAAAUCACCCAAGAAAAUGGAUCGUUUGCGACGAUCCUUUCGCGAUUCGUUUAGACGCCGAAAGGAUCGUGUCCCCGAAUCAUCGAAGCCGCACCAAUGGCAGGCCGACGAAGAAGCCGUACGUACGGCAACCUGUUCGUUUGGUGUUAAAUAUUUAGGCUGUGUCGAAGUGUUUGAAUCGCGCGGUAUGCAAGUUUGCGAGGAAGCCCUCAAAGUUUUAAGGAACUCUCGUCGUCGCCCGGUACGCGGUCUACUGCAUGUCAGCGGAGAUGGCUUGCGCGUUGUUGAUGACGAAACCAAGGGCCUGAUUGUCGAUCAAACCAUCGAGAAAGUCAGUUUCUGUGCUCCGGAUCGUAAUCAUGAACGUGGUUUCAGUUACAUUUGUCGCGAUGGUACCACACGCCGUUGGAUGUGCCAUGGCUUCUUGGCGGUCAAAGAUUCCGGCGAACGUUUAUCGCAUGCUGUGGGCUGUGCCUUUGCCGUGUGUUUGGAGCGGAAACAACGUCGCGAUAAGGAGUGCGGUGUCACAAUGACCUUUGACACGAAGAACAAUACCUUUACCCGGACCGGGUCAUUCCGCCAACAAACGAUGACCGAACGCAUGGUCAACAACGAACGUGGCAUUGAUACCCCAUCGGCUGCAGUGCCGCCCCAACCCAAACCCUAUAAUCCGUUUGCCAUCGAAAGGCCUCAUGCCACGCUCACCAUGCUGGAGCGUCAGAACUCAUUCCGUGUGCUUAGCACAAUUGGUACCCAGUCACCGUUCAAACGCCAGAUGUCAUUGCGUAUCAACGAUCUUCCGUCCAACGCUGAGCGUCAAAAGGCCUUUAUGGCUGCUGCAUCGGGCCUGACCUUGGGUCUGAGUGCCAAUACACCCAAUCGCAGUGUCUCACCCAUACCGGAGGUGUCACCGGCCCGGCCAGGUGGCCUGGAGCUGGAGAAUGGUGGUGUGGCCACGGCCGAAACUGUUAGUCAACUGUGUCAGGAACUUAGCCAGGGAUUGUCGUUACUCUCACAAAACGAUGCGGUGCUGGCGACACCCACCGGUGCUGGUGGUGUGGCCGAUGAUCUCAAUUUCAACAACAACUUGAGCAUUAAUCAGAAUAUCAUUGCUGCCGAGAAGCAGUAUCAGAAAGGAAUCUCCUCACCCACGAGUACCAGUAGUUAUGGUAUCGUCACACCCACAGCCAAGAUAACACCACGCAUUGCGGCCGGUUCGCCGGCGAUUUUGAAUACACCGCCACAGACGCCCAGCAAUACGCCUACGCUACCGACAAGCGGUGAAAAACUGGCGACGACAACACUGGCGGAAGCAGCACUGCCCCAGGCUGACCAGUGGUUGGGUCAGGUGGUGAAGAGUACCUCACCGGCGGUACAUAAACGAGGUCCCAUGUUGAGUGCUGGGGGGCGUACCCAGUCACUGAGUUCGGUGCCGGGUGUCAAUGAUCCCUUCGAUGCCGAAUGGGUGGCGGGGGUCACCAAGCCGCUGUCGCCCGAUAUGCCCUCGAGUAUCAGUACGGUAACACCACCCACGCCACCACUACACAGUACCAAUCCGUUUAUAUCGCCACCGAAAACAGCACCCACACAAUCAUUCCAAGUGCAACUUUAAGUAGGGUCGUUACCAGUUCCCGAUUCCAGAUUCCAUCUCCCACUCCGAUUCCUUCUCUUUGCGGGGAAAGAAAUGAGAGAAAGAGCUUAAGAAACAAAAUGCAAUGCAUUUGGAAGGAAUGUAAGGAACAGCAGAGAGCAGGUGGUGGUCGUGCUGCCCUCCCCCUAUCCGGAAAAACCACAAGUGUACAGUGUUGGACACAGAAACACUUAAAAAAAAAACCCCAACAACAAUCUAGAAACACCCUAAUGUUAGAGAGUACUUUUUAAGCGUUAAACAAAAA